AUGCCAGCCGAAAGAAUCAACACCGUCAAGCGAACUGUCGUCACUGCUGCCGCUGCCAGCCUCAUCACCUCAAAGGCAAAAGUCCUUAAGACUAAAGCACCUGCUGCUGCCACUGCAACCGCUGUUGGCACUGAGGCACUCGACCCUGCCAAGAAGCCUGUCGCUAUUGACGAGGACAUAGCAACUGUUCACUUGUACCCAAAAUCACAAGCGGAUCGCGAGAACGCUGUCAAUCGACACACUGGCCGCAAGGUGACACCCUUCCAGUUCCAAGUCUAUGACCUCUGUGCCCAGAUCCCGAAGGGCCAGAUCUCGACGUACAAGUACCUCUCAGACGCCCUGCGCUCAUCGCCCCGAGCUGUAGGUCAAGCCCUCAAGAUCAACCCCUACGCCCCUCUCCCUGUCCCCUGCCAUCGUGUCUUGGACUCAAAGCUCUUUAUUGGAGGGUUCAUGGGUCAAUGGGCCCACGGCGAAAAGAUUGAUAACAAGAAGGCCAAGUUGUAUCUGGAGGGGGUUGCCUUUGAUGAGACGGAUCAUGUUGUCAAGCGAGAAGCUCUGAUCUUUAAUGAUUUUUCAGUUGUCGUCAAGGCUGCUGUUGACUCUGCUUAA